GCGCGCUCGCGGAGUCCGGCGGAGCUGGCCGCGGGAUGGACAGGCGGCGGGGCGCGGCGGGGCUCUCGGACCCGAGCCCGCUGGGCGCCGCCAUCCCCGCCACGCGCGUGGAGCUGUCGGUGUCGUGCAGGAACCUCCUGGACCGAGACACCUUCUCCAAGUCGGACCCGAUCUGCGUCCUGUACGUGCAAGGAGUCGGCAACAAGGAAUGGAGAGAGUUCGGGAGGACGGAGGUCAUCGACAACACGCUGAACCCCGACUUCGUGAGGAAGUUCAUUCUGGACUACUUCUUCGAGGAGAGGGAGAACCUUCGCUUCGACCUGUACGAUGUCGAUUCAAAGAGCCCUAACUUGUCCAAACAUGACUUCCUGGGACAAGUGUUCUGCACCUUGGGGGAGAUCGUCGGUUCCCAGGGCAGUCGCCUGGAGAAGCCCAUCUUGGGAAUUCCAGGGAAGAAAUGUGGCACCAUCAUCCUUACAGCUGAGGAGUUGAACUGUUGCAGAGAUGCUGUUCUAAUGCAAUUUUGUGCAAACAAACUGGACAAAAAGGACUUCUUUGGGAAAUCAGACCCUUUUCUCGUAUUUUACCGGAGUAAUGAAGACGGCAGCUUUACUAUCUGUCACAAGACAGAGGUGGUGAAGAACACGCUGAACCCCGUGUGGCAAGCCUUCAAGCUCUCAGUGCGGGCGCUUUGCAAUGGGGACCACGACAGAACCAUCAAGGUGGAGGUCUUCGACUGGGACCGGGAUGGGAGUCACGAUUUCAUUGGAGAAUUUACGACUAGCUACAGGGAACUUUCCAGAGGACAGUCUCAGUUCAACGUGUACGAGGUGGUGAAUCCCAAGAAGAAGGGGAAGAAGAAGAAGUACACGAACUCAGGCACGGUCACCCUGCUGUCCUUCCUGGUCGAGACCGAGGUCUCCUUUCUGGACUACAUCAAGGGCGGGACACAGAUCAACUUCACGGUGGCUAUCGACUUCACGGCGUCGAAUGGGAACCCGGCACAGCCCACGUCGCUGCACUACAUGAACCCCUACCAGCUGAACGCCUACGGCAUGGCGCUGAAGGCCGUGGGCGAGAUCGUGCAGGACUACGACAGCGACAAGAUGUUCCCCGCGCUCGGCUUCGGGGCCAGGCUGCCGCCGGACGGGAGGAUCUCGCACGAGUUUGCUCUGAACGGCAACCCGCAGAACCCGUACUGCGAGGGCAUCGACGGCGUGAUGGAGGCCUACUACCGCAGCCUGCGCGCCGUGCAGCUCUACGGCCCCACCAACUUCGCGCCCGUCAUCAACCACGUCGCCAGGUACGCGGCCUCCGUCAAGGACGGCUCCCAGUACUUCGUGCUCCUCAUCGUGACGGACGGUGUCAUCUCGGACAUGGCGCAGACCAAGGAGUCCAUCGUGAACGCCUCCAAGCUGCCCAUGUCCAUCAUCAUCGUUGGCGUGGGGCCUGCGGAGUUUGAUGCCAUGGUGGAACUGGACGGGGAUGACGUCCGGGUGUCGUCCAGAGGCAAGUUCGCCGAGAGGGACAUCGUGCAGUUCGUGCCUUUCAGGGACUACAUGGACAGGAGCGGGAACCACGUCCUCAGCAUGGCCCGGCUGGCCAAGGACGUGCUGGCCGAGAUCCCCGAGCAGUUCCUGGCCUACAUGCGGGCGCACGGCGUCAAGCCCUCGCCCGCACCGCCCCCCUACACGCCCCCGACACACGUGCUGCAGACGCAGAUAUGACCGAGCCCGGGCCUUCCGGGGGCUGAGCACCCUGGGUUGGAAGCGGAUUUUCUUCCUGACCCAAAACUGUAAAUACGGUGGUUGCAUGAGCCACGGGAAAAGCGUGGAGCUGCU